AUGAGCUCAAACCAAACUAAUCGUAGUGGUUGGUCACCUACUACCGUAUGGCGCCAACCGGAGGAGGAAACCAGGCGAAUCAUGUCGGCCGCCUCUGAUACCACCAUGUCAAACAUCACUUCAAGACUGGAAGAGGAUCCACCGGAUCUAGUCCCCGAGCUAAUCAGCGACUAUGAGCGCAGUAAUCCAAUCACAGAAACCAUGGAAAUGACCUUUUCUUCCCCUAUGGCAUGUUGGUAUGUUGAGUACGCCCUUGAAACAUUAUUGUCUUAUUUGUGA